CACUUUUCGCAAGUUAUAGAAUAAUAUUUAUUGUUAAAACUAAUAUUACUAUAAAGUAUAAAUUAUAUUAAUUAAUUCGUACCGAAGAAAUUAUAGAAUUAUAGUAGUAGAAGUAUGGGUUUAUAUUUUAUUUAAAUUUAGAGUUGAACGAAAUAUGUAAAAGUUAUAACCUAAAAUAAUAAUAUCAGUCCUAUGACUUUUUAAUUUAACAAACACAAAAUGUGGCCUAUUAUAAUGCAAUUUCUGCGUUCCAACGCUACUUACAUAACUCUCCCCGUGGCUGCGGUUGUUGGUAUCAUAGGCUACAACUUGGAGGGUCUCCUAUCAGAUAGAUAUACACCUUACAAUAAACCAGUCCAAGAUCAAAGAUUUGAAAGACUAGAAGAUGAAAUGCUCAAAGAUCCGACAAAUGUACAGAAACUUAAAUACAAGGAGAAUGUGUUAGGAAAAAAUGUUUCGCCUUCAUUGAGUAAAGACUAAAUAGAUCAUUAAAUGUAUAAAUUUCACCCAAAACAAUUACUUCAUCCUUCUAUCCAAGCUUUGAUUAAAAAAAAAAACUUUUUUUAUAUUCUGUAAGAUGUAGGUACCAAAAACCACUCAUAGAAAUAUUGCUCUGAAGUUUAUCAAAAUCGUAGCUACUGUUUGGUAAUUAAAAUAAUAAGAUGUUGGUAUGUUUUUUAAUAAUAAUAUAAAAUAAUAUGUUUGAAACAGUUAUAUGAUGUCAAAUUAAAGUAGAUAGCGAAUAAAAAUAUGUUAAAAUAAGUGUUGAAA